GGUAAGCGAAUAUUAAAAUUUUUGAUAAAUAUAAACACUACUAAAGUAAUAAAUAGUUUAAUUUAGAAAAAAGAGUUAAGAGAAAAGCAAAAAAAAUUAUAUAUUAUAUAUACUAACUAUUUACUUGUAAAUAAAAUCUAAUCAAGCAGGCAGGCAGCAUUUCUAGGAGUAUUUACUUUAAUUAUAGCAAAGUACAAUACCAAUUUAAGGAAUUACAAAUAGGUUGUUGCAAAUCUUUUAUCCUUCAUUUUCAAUAUGAAUUAGAUAUAGUCGGAAGCGUCUAAAAACGUGUAGGAGGCUUAGUCUAUCAAGUAGACUUCGUAGCUAUUUCCUUAAUAUUAAUUUAAGAAGAACUUAUAGUCACCAUAAAAAGGAGGAUAUUCAAAUGAUAUGUACUCUGGAAUCAAUCCAAAUACAAUACUUUCAUUUAAUCUGUAAACAAAUUAAGCUGUUUAAAUAUCGUUAGCACCAAAUGAUUUAAAAACUCCUAAUAUUGGCAAAGCUAACAAUUUAGUUUUAGGAGGUAAUUCUUACAGCAACCAAACGCCUGUUUAAUAAUAAUAAUACCCUUCUAUAAAUGCAUAAUAUUCCUUUUAAAGUGCUAAAGAUAGCUAAAUAGCAAACCCUGCACUACAGAAACCAGGAGAAAGCAAUUUAAAAUAUGAAGCCAUAUAAAGUUAACAACCAUAAUAUAAUAGUUUGAAUGUCAAAAAUGAAUUAAAUUAGACACCUCAAUAAAUGAGUUAUACGUAGAAUCCACUAGUACAAUAAAGUAAUACAAAUUUUAGUAUUAGCAACUAAAACGUAUAGGGCAGCAACAAUUUCAAUCAAGGGUCAUCUAAUUCAGUAAAUUUUGUUAAAAGCCCUAAUAGCUCUAACUCAACAAUAGGAUAGUCUGCUUAACAAGGUAAUAGCUCCUUUUUUUCAAAUAUAGGUCAAUAGCAAUUAUAAAAUAAUUAAAGAGCCUCAAUAGAAGUAAGUAUGGCUGGAGUAAAUAACUCAAAUGGAUCAAAAAUUAAUUCUACGAAUAGCGCUAACAUUUAAGGUGGCUAAUAAAAUUAAAAUUUACUUUAUAACGCCUAAAGUCAAUCUUAAACUUUUUCUAGCAACUAAGGAGCUAGCAGUAAUAAUUAAACAAUUAUUGAUACAAGAACAUAAGUACUAGGGCAAGGUCCAGGUGUUGGCAUGAUUAGUUUAGAUAGUAGCUAUACAAAUUUAGCAAGCAAUACCAUAUUAGGACAGUCUUAGGGACCAUAAAUAAUACCAUCGAAUGAAAAUUUAUCUAUAAUAACUCCAUAAGAUAUGUCGAAUAUUACUAACGUUAAUUAUUUUAAUUUCUAAGAUUUAACUCUAACUUCGCAUUAAAAUAGUCAAAUAAAAACGACAACCAAUCAAAAUUUGAAUUAUAAUGAAUAAAAUAUAUUGCAAAAUUUAAAAAAUAAUAGCAACAACUUAUAAAGUAAUAAUAUUUAACCAUAGUCUUUUUCACCUGCACCCACUUCUAUAUCAAAAAAGCAAGAUUAUAGCUAUUCCAAUAAAUAAACUUCAGUGACAGCUAAUAAUACUCCAUACAAACAAUCUAUAUCAGGAUAAUCAAAUACAGGUAAAAUUGAAAUAAAAAAUCCAAAUUAAUUAAAUCUAUAAAAUGAUAUUUAUUCUAAAAAUUUCAUUUAACCAGCCUAGUCGCCUGGUAGAUUAGGUUUAAAUUCAACAAAAGUCGGAAAUAGUUUUGCAAACAAUAAUUUCGAUUAACAAGAACACAACAAAAUAAAUUCAAAUAGACAUUCAUAGAAUUAAAAAAGUCUGAAUGGAGUCUCGACCUCUUCUAAUGCUUUAACUAUCAUAGGAAAUACUUAAUAAUAAGGAUAGUUGCUGCCUUCUUAGCAAUAGCUAGUUUAGAGUAUCGUUCUUUAAAAAAAUAGAUCUUAAAGUCCUAAUAAUAUUAAAUCUUCAAAAAAUUAUGGAUAAACAUCACCUUCUUUUAGUAAACUAGGAUAUCAACAAAAUAAUUUGUAGUCAAACAUAAAUUUAUCAUCAAACACUGGUUAAACUUAACACAACUAUUUAUCACCAAAUUACUUAUACAAUGCUGCUAAUUCUUCUUCUCAUGCAAUUAAAAAAUUACCUUGCAAGGAGAGUCAAUCCCCUGAAAACAGAGAUAAAAACCUUUCUUCAAAUAAUUAUAGUAACUAAAAUAAUAAUUAAUAGUUUACUUAAGCAUAACCAAAACCUUCGAAUAGUCCUUCUUCAUAUAAUUAUACCACACCUUAAUAACAUUAAUAGUAAGUUUCUUAAAGUAGCUACUAUAAAGUAGCUUCUUAAAUAAGGAGAAAUCAAUUAAAAGAAAAAAGACCUUCAGUACUUAAUAGUGAGAAUUCAGCCAAUGCUGAAUUAAUUUAAAGUGUUAAAUGUGGGAGUGUUUUAGGGAGCUUUGCUUCUUCAUAAUUAAAUAUAAAUUCCUCCGUGAAUGUGGGAGCAGUGGAGAAUCCUCAAUAGCAAUUAAUAUAUUCAUAGAACUAUGGCAAAGCACUUCCGAUAAAUGACCAAUAAAAAUAGUAAUACUUACAAUAGCAAAAAGAACUUUAACAAAAAGUACUUUCUGCAGGCACUAAGAGAUAAAGUAGCACUGGGAGUUAAGGCAGCAAAAGCUAAGAUAAAAAAGAUUAAAAAAAGAGAUUCACAGUUGUUGAUAAAUUUAAUGAAAAAUAUACAAAAAAAUUAAUUAUAGAUCUUUGCAAUUACAUGAAUAACUCAAAUGAUGGACAAGUUAGUGAAAGCACAAAUAAACAAACUGACAACUAAUAAAUAUCUUAAGAUGAAGAAGACCCUAUUAAAAGAACAAGUUCAAGAAAAGGGAAUUGGCAAAACAACAGUAAUUUGAACAUGAUAGAAAUUUUAUCAUAAUAACGUGUUCUUUAAAGAAGUGUAAGCAAUCAAAAGCGAAAUAUCCUUUCUCAUAAUAAUAAAAGUAGUGAUAUCACAGGAAGCAACCCUAUUAGUAGUAAUACUAAGCAUAUAAAUUUAAAUAAUAACCUCCUUACUCCAUCUAAAUCUACUUAAUCUGCAUCAAAAAGAUUUAGUUUUAGAUAUACUGAUAAGCCUUGGGAAAAUACAUCUUUCUAAAAUAAUUCCAAAUUUAAUUCUAAAUAUGGAUCAUUUUCUGUUAUGAGAUCAAUGAAUAAUUCAUAGAGCAAUUGGAAUUUGAACGGAAGCUAACAUCUCAAUUCUAGUAUUAAUGGUGAAAUUUAGGGAGGAGGAUUAAAAAAGAAUAUAAAAAUAUCAAGUAACGUCUAGUUAAAUAUGGAUGGUAAAACAAAUAGUAAAAAAAAAAAUUCUAGUAAUUUUAUAUUAGAAGGAUUUAAUGAUUCAUAAGAAAUCAGUUCUUCUAGAAAUUAAAAGACCAAAGCAACUCAUAAAAAUAAAAAUGCCUCUGACAAUAUAAAUAUCCUUAAUAAACACACAGGAGGAACUGAUACAAAGUCGUUUAGUAUUUAAAAUUCUACCAAUAAAUACAAAUUCUAAAGUACCUCUAACAACCAUUUAAGCAAACCGAAUACGUCUUCAAAUGCAUUUCAAAAGCAAUAAUAGCAGCAUACUAUAAAUAAAAAAUCAAAUAGAGGUUCUGCUCAUAUUGACCCAAGUAAUCAAUAACAAAAAAUAAAAAUAUCACCUUAAAUUAAUAGUUUAAAGCAAGAAAAGUAGACAUUCUCUCCUUAACUCUCCUCAUAAGCAAACAGCAAAAACUCAACUAAAAGCGAAAUUAAAAAAUCACAAAUAAUAAAUGCUCCAUCAAUUUCUUAAAUUAAUAAAAAUAGAUUUUCCGAAAACAACUAUUCUUAGCAUGCAAGUUUUGAUAAAGCAUAAGAACACGAAGAUUUAGAAAGAGAAGAGGAAUAUGUAGAGGAUGAAGAUUUUGAUGAGGAAAACCAUAUAGAAGAUUUUGAAAAUGAAGAUGAAGAAGAAGAGCUAGAAGUUCAUAGUCAAACAGAUGAAAGCAACAACAGUAGCAAAGCUAUACCAGUUUAAGGUACUUAGCAGCACUUCUUACAUGACUAAGGGCUUACUCAAAUAAAUUAACCCAUCCAUUAGCAUCAUGCUAGCAAUUAAGAUUAACAAAGACCGAACACAAUAACACCAUAAUAUUAGUACAAUUUUGAAAGUAAUUUAGAGUAAGUAUUUGGAGUAAACUUAAAUAUUGAAGAACUUAAAAAAGAAAGAUAAAAGCUUAUAAGGAAAAUUACCUCUACUUUCAAGGUAAAAAAUAAAGCUUUAUCUACAAGCUAAGAAUACUAUAAAGUUUUGCAUGUAAUUGGAAAAGGUGCAUUUGCUAAAGUAUGCUUAGCUGUUUAAUUACUUACUGGUAAAUUUGUUGCAAUAAAACUCAUAGAUAAAUCGAUUUUGAGAAGUGAAAGUGCAAAGAAGAGGGUCCUGCAAGAAGUCUAAAUCCUAAAAAAACUGAAUAAUCAUAAACACGUGCUUAAACUCCUAGAAGUCUUUGAAAACAGAAAGCUCAUCUUUAUUGUUACUGAGUAUUUCAGAGGCUAAGAUUUAAUGAAAAUGAUGAAAGAGCGUAAUGGUGAACCAUACACAGAAAAUUAAGUGCGUUAUAUGCUGACCUAAAUAAUUAGCGGCUUAAGGUAUAUCCAUGGAAAUAUGGUCCUGCAUCGCGACAUUAAAUUAGAUAAUAUACUUGUUGAUUCGUAGCUAAAUUUAAAAAUAAUAGAUUUUGGAAUAUCAAGAAUUAUAUUAAAAGACCAAAAGAUGAUGGAAUAAUGCGGUACUCCUGCCUUUCUUGCUCCAGAAAUAAUAGCUAACAAAGGCUACGAGGGAUUUGGUAGUGAUUUAUGGAGCUUAGGAGUGUUAAUUUACAUCCUCUUAUUUGGAAAAGUUCCUUUUAAAGGUAAUAACUUGACAGAAUUGCAUCGCAACAUACUUAACGGUGUACUACCUCUCGAUGAGAUGAGAGAAACGAACGUUUCCCAAGAAGCACAAGACCUGCUCCAAAAGAUACUUAAAUUAAAAGUGAAGGAAAGAAUAAAUCUUGAAGGAAUAGCCAACUCUGCUUGGAUGAGAGGCUAUUAAAUUCCAGAAGGUAUUGAGAAUAAAUAGCUUCAUUAUAAGCAAUAGCAAUAAUAAUAAUUAGACUGUUAAUAGAAUUUUGAUAUUCAAACUAGCGCGGGAUCUAGUGAUUAAUUUGAUGAAAAAAUUAUUGGAUAGAUUGAAGGAUUUGGAUACUCUCGAGAGUAUAUUCUUCGUUGCCUAAACAAAGGAGGCUUAUCUCAUGUAAAUGCUAUAUACAAACUAAUUAAAAAUAGUAAUACUAACAACAACAACAAUAAUAACAACUAAAAUUUUUUCUAUUCAUGA